CAGAGCCCACUGCCCAGUGGCUUGACUGCGGAGUGCGGACAAACUUGGAAGCUGACGAUUUUGACGCAUAGCGUUAUUAUAUCGCUGCUCUAAUUUACGAGACUUAAAAGUCAUUUCUAUGUUUUACAAUUUUUUAUUCAAUUUUUGGUGAUAUGAGUAACUUGUUUAAAUGAAUGACGAGAAAGCAAUGGAAGAAGGAGAACUCCGUAGAAGUCCUUAUUCUGAGGAAGAAGGUGCAGAUACUGCUGAUUCAUUGGAAAUCAAACCCCCGCAAGCAGUAGUUAGGCAUAGAAAAAUUAUAUCAAACCACCAUGAUAAAUACUUGGAACGAAGUGCUCAACGUAAAGAUGAGAAAGACAGAAAUCAAUACCGCAAUUAUACUAGCAAAGAUGAAAGCAGGUACAGAGAACAAUACUCCCAUAGCAACAGACAUCAUAGAUCCUUAGAUUUUACAGAAGCAAUAGAGAAACAAGUGAGUAGAAGAUCUGAUCCUUCUAAAAGAGAGCGAGAAUUUUCUCGUACUGAGAGAAAAGAUCAUAGUACUGGUGACAGAGUUCUAGAAGAUCUCAGAGAAAGUAAUUUUGGUCAUACCGAUAGUAACACCAAUCUGAGCAGAGUAACUAACAGAUUACUUGAUAAACGAGAAAAACGAGAAAAACGAGAUGAGUAUAGAUUGGAAGUGUCUUCGUCUUCCCGCAGUCGGGAUGAAUUACGAUUGUCAUCCGGAAGUACCGAUCGUCGAGAAAUGGAACGACGAGAACUGAAAAUGAUAGCAGCUAUGGAAAAAGCUGUAGCCAACGCCCGUGACAGGCGUGAAGUUCGCUUGAUUGAAGAACGAAGUAGCCGUCACAUACGAUUGCCGGAACAUGAUAUGUCUUAUCAGCAACAUCUUGAAAUAAUGGACGAGGCAGAAAGAUAUCCGGUACAAGAGAAAAGACAUAAGAGGUCGCACAAGCACGAAAGAAUUCGAUCUAGAGAUGAAGAAAAGAAACAUAGGCAUGGUACGGGAGAAAAACACUCCAGAGAACAUCGUCAUCAGCAGGUACCUGAAGCUUCCUUGUACGAAGAUCUCGAUCGUAUGGAAGUAAUGAUAAGUAAGCAGCACAUUGCAAUGAAAGAUCCAAAGGACAUGAACGAACAAGAGCUGCGACGCCACAGACUCAUUGAAGCUGAACGAGAAAUGGCUCGACGAAAAGAGAGUUCUCGGCUAGAACUUGAAGCUCGUCGGAUAAAACGGGGCGAAAAACGCAAACACGAUGACGUAUCAUCGUCUAUGGAUCCAUCGGUGGUAGAAUUAUCAGAUGAAAAUCUCCACUCGCCCGAUUCAAAUAUGAGCAAUCCAAAAAGUCACAAUUCAGCUGCAUCGGAUCAAGAGAGUGGAAACAAUUCCGACGGCGAUUCAACUGAUUCAAGUUCCAGCUCAAGUUCGGAUGAAGACGACUCUGAUGCAUCUAAGCAUUCAAAUGAAGAUUCUAAUUCAGAUUAUAAUCUAAGUCCAGUAUCCCAAAUUCAACUUGCUAAAUCUGAUGCAUCAAAUAAUGAGUCUUCUUCGGAACAUGUAGAUACAAAUGGUACAAGUAAGGAACCAGAAAAUGACACAGAAAAAAGUGAAAUGGACUUGAUGCUUGAGCUACCGGCUUACUUACCAGCCAUUCAAGGAUGUCGCAGCGUUGAGGAAUACAAAUGUUUAAAUCGUAUAGCAGAAGGUACUUACGGCGUUGUCUAUAGAGCUGAAGACCGGAGAACCAAAGAAAUAGUUGCAUUGAAAAGAUUAAAAAUGGAAAAAGAAAAGGAUGGCUUUCCAAUCACAAGUUUACGCGAAAUUAAUACGUUACUCAAAGCUCAACACCCUAAUAUCGUCACUGUUCGAGAAAUCGUUGUUGGCAGCAAUAUGGAUAAAAUAUUCAUUGUGAUGGAUUACGUCGAACACGAUUUAAAAUCUCUAAUAGAAACCAUGAAAUCUAAAAAUCAAGUUUUCAUUCCCGGAGAAGUUAAGUGCUUGAUGCAACAACUUUUGCAAGCUGUAUCACACAUGCACGAUAAUUGGAUUCUUCACAGGGAUCUCAAAACGUCAAACUUACUAUUAAGUCACAGAGGAAUUUUAAAAGUUGGCGAUUUUGGGUUGGCCAGAGAAUAUGGAUCUCCUCUUAAACAAUACACUUCUAUUGUUGUCACAUUGUGGUACAGAGCCCCGGAAUUACUACUGGGUAGUAAAACUUACAGUACGCCGAUUGACCUGUGGUCGGUCGGAUGUAUUUUUGCCGAGUUGCUUAGAAUGGAAGCUCUCUUCCCAGGAAAAUCAGAGCUCGAUCUUUUAAACAGAGUAUUUAAAGAAUUGGGAACACCAAAUGAUCGAAUUUGGCCCGGUUACAGCAAAUUACCUAUGACGAAAAAAGUUUCUUUUUCACAAUAUCCAGUGAACAAUAUCCGACAAAGAUUCAAUCUUUUAACGGAUUUGGGUAUAGAUUUACUCAAUAAAUUCUUGACGUACGAUCCAGAGCAACGAAUUUCAGCGGAAGAUGCUUUGAAACAUGGCUAUUUUAUCGAAUCACCCGUGGCGAUUGAUCCAUCGAUGUUCCCUACUUGGCCUGCCAAAUCAGAAUUUGGGGCGCGAACAAUUAAUCAAUCCCCUAAACCACCAAGUGGUGGGAAAGAAUUCAAACAAAAGGGAUAUAAGGAAGACGAAGAGGACAAUGUGUCAGGAUUUCACAUGGGUGGGCGCGCAGCGACCCGACAAGCCGUUGGAGGUGGAUUUCAUUUGAAAUUUUGACGAAAUUAAUUUUAAAAAAUGGUACAAUUUAUAUCAUGUAAAUUGAAUCCUUGUAUUAUAUGCUUUAACUGUAUUAUAUAAAUUCGACUAUUAUUAUAUGAACUAGUACGUAUAGUGUAACUUGAUAUGU